AUGUAUUUCACCCCUUUGACACUGGCAACCAGUCAGCUUACACAAGUCACAGGCAACCCAGCAGGAUGCGAAUGGGGAAACAUGUCCUGGGGCCACGCGGUGUCCAAGGACAUGCUGACCUGGUCGUCGGCCUUGACGUCCCCGGCACUCGCCCCAGAUCAACCUUAUGACUCUCAAGGCGUGUUUACCGGCUGUUGGAUUCCUCCCGCUGAUGCCGGGGAUAAAACGUUGAGAGUGGCUUACUCCUCUGUCCGGCAUCUCCCGUUCCACUGGAGUACUCCGCCAUACCCGCGCGAUGCAGCUGGCCUCGCAAUAGCAACUUCCCAUGAUGGCGGCGUGACAUGGGAAAAGCUACGGGGAAACCCAAUUUUGGCCGGGGAGCCGGUUGGACUGCGAGUCACUGGGUUCCGAGAUCCCUAUGUGACGCGAUUGCCAGCUAUCAGCGAGGCUCUGGGCUCGAGUACCAUGACUCGCUAUGGGUUGAUCUCUGGUGGAAUCCAGGACGUAGGACCCACGACGUUCUUAUACGCGAUUGACGAUAAUAACGUUGAAGAGUGGACGUAUCUCGGCCCCUUGGUCGAUGUGCCAGCCAGGUUUCAGCCGUCAAAGAAGUGGUCUGGCAACUACGGGGUCAACUGGGAGUGCACCAACAUCGUUACAUUGCAUGCAGACUCAGAAAGUCGCCAUUUUCUCAUCAUCGGUGCUGAAGGUGACGUGGAAAAGGACCAUGUGAAGAAUCGCGGCCACCCUGCAGGAGCCCCAUCGCGUACCGUGAGAGGCCAGGUGUGGAUGUUGGGCAACCUCACUCGGGCCGACGACGGGGUCAAGUUCGGGUACAAGCACGGGGGCUACCUUGAUCACGGUUCCCUCUACGCUGCGAACUCGUUCGUCGAUCCCGUCUCGAAGCGUCAUGUUGUCUACGCAUGGAUCCCAGAGGAGGAUAUCCCUCUUGAAGCUGCUAAGCGGAAGGGCUGGAAUGGCUCUCUUGCUAUUCCGCGUGAGAUCUUUCUGCUUCGGGUGCCGAAUGUGGAGAGGACCCUUCGCGGCACGCUUGUAGAGUGUCAUCCAUUUGAAGUCAAGACCGAGGCAGAUGGUUCUAUGACCAUUCUCACCCUUGGCGUAAAGCCCAUUGACGAGAUGACUCGGCUCCGAGAAGCAUGUACCAGGGUUCUCAAGUUGGAAACCGCAGCGAUGCUACCGGAUAAGAAUGGUCUGGCACAUCUGACAGUUUUCCAGACACAGUCAUUGAGUUGGGAGCUCGAGGCAGUCAUCUCGAUACAUUCGGAAUGCGAGUCCGUGGGCUUCAACAUCCGCCACAACAAGGACCUGUCAAUCCAUACAACCAUUACUUUCUGUACCGUCACAGAGACCAUCAUUGUCGACCGCGAGGCUUCGACAACUGACGCCACGAUCAACAAAUGCCCGGAUGCUGGGCCCUUUACUCUAUUGAUUCGGAAGGAGGACAAUGGCUUCGAGAUGGAGAAGCUGCACCUGCGCAUCUUUUCUGACGGAGAUAUUCUUGAAGUCUUUGCAAAUGGCCGUUUUGCUUUAGCCACAAUGGUGUACUCGAAGAGUUAUAGUCAGGAGAACAGCGGGAUCACAGCGUUUGCAAAUGGCAGCGCAGGUAGUGCCGUUUUUGAAAGCGUGACAGUCUGGGAUGGACUGGAUGCAAAGAAAGUGUGUACCAGCAUCGACUCGCUUACAGCAGAAUAA